AUGUGUCCCCAAAACAAAACAACACAAAAGCCCAAGUCCCCCGUGUCAAAAUCAAUGUUCCUUUUUCUGAAAUUAAUCGGCAUGUGUCCGUUCACUCUCGAUAAAAUCGACAUAAUCCGCAGAUCAAAAACCGCCAGCCUCUACUCAACAAUUUUGAUAGUAGGGUACACCCUCUGCUACUGUCGUGUCGUGGUAUCCCGGAUCUCCAUCAUGCUGCCACGUGAAACGAAUAUGCUAGUGGUGAUGGAUUUUAUAGGGCUCGGACUCGACUACUGGGUUAUCAUGGUCGUUUGGUUUUACGCGCUAGUUUAUCAGAACGAGUUGAGAUGCAUCCUAAAGCAUUUUAUAACCACCAAGCGCGAAGUCGUGCUCCUCGGAAUGACAGAGUGCUACGAUGAUUUCACGAUGAACCUUCGCAUUUUCGUUAUAUCGCUGAAUUUAUUCUUCUUCGUUCUUUACGUCGUCGAUCACGCGUUGCUGUAUCAUAUCAAAGAGUUCGAGUUUGGUGUGUGGCUGCCGUUCAAUCUCCCGCGAUGCGUCAGUAUCAACAUGGUGGGAAUUUAUCUUUACGCGUUGAAGACUAUUCAGACGAGAUUUCAGUUCAUUAAUUUGAGGAUUGAGAAUUUUCCCAACAAUUUUUCCCUCGAGGAGGCACCCGGCGAGAGGAAUUUCGGGAAGAACGUAUCAAAUCCAAUAGCGACAGCCGAUCGUUUGCGAGCAUUUGGAAAAUUGCACAGAAAUCUGCGAAACCUAGUUACCCUGAUGAACAAUUUAUUCGCAUUGCCACUGUUAAUAGCCCUCAUGAUGCAAUUCACCCAGUUGAUCGUCAACAUAUACAUGCUAUUAAUUUAUAUCAGCAACGGUAAUUAUUGUCACUGGAACGCCAAUUCUUCCAUGUCAAUUGUUCUCGGCUGGCUGAUCAUACGCUUGAUUCAAACGCUGUGCAUUAUCGACGUUUGCGAAACCAUGAGUCAAACGGCCAAUAGAAUUGGCAAUUAUCUUCACACGAUGUGGGUGAUGCGCAGACCGCAGUGCCCCGGCGAUGUAGUUAAAAUACUCUCCCUCGAGUGUCUUCAGCAGACGGUGAAAAUUCAAUUGUAUGGGUCAAUUGUAUUGAAUAAUUCCAUGCUGUUUAAGAUGAGCGGCGUCAUAACAACCUACGUCAUAAUAAUGAUGCAGCUUGACAGACAGCCUCAUCUGUUUGAAAAUGCUGACUAA